AUGGCUGCCCUCCUCCAAUUCCACGCCAUCCGCGCGAAAACAAAAGAACAACUCCGAACCCUCAACCUAACCUCCACCCCUCCACCCAUCAAACCCCGCCUAAGCCCCUACGAACCCCCCUUCGAACGCGACCCAAAAGUCUUCCCGCAAGAUGAAGAAUCCCACGACCCAGACACCAGCACCUCCCCUUACACAAACCUCCCAGGCAUCUCCCUUCAACCCACCCAAACCGGAUCAUCCUUCUACCUCGUGUCCUGGGACUCCACCUCCGACCCCACAAACCCACGCAACUGGUCCCUUUCCAAACGCCUAAAGAUUCUUUUCUUGCUCGACCUCAUCGCCGCAAUCGUAACAACAGCAAGUUCCAUCGAAGCCCCCGUCGCUCCCCAAAGCGCCGCUUUCUUCGGCGCUUCAGAAUCCGUACACGCGUUUUGUAGCACGGGAAUUUAUCUCAUGGGGUUCGGUCUCGGCUCGCUGGUCGCGGCGCCGGCGUCCGAGAUACUGGGGCGGUACAAGGUGUAUCUGUACUCACUGGUCACAUGCGAGUGCUGGCUCAUCGGUGCGGCGCUUGCGCCGAAUCUUGCUUCGUUGGCGAUAUUCCGGUUCUUGGCUGGUUGUUUUGCGUCUGCGCCGAUGACCGUGGCGGGGGGGAGUAUGAGUGAUUUGUGGUCUACGCGGGAAAUGACGUGGACGUUUCCUUUGUUUGGGGCUAUUUGUUUUGGGGGCCCGGUGCUGGGGCCUUUGAUUGCGAGUUAUAUUGGGGAGAGCGAGGUGGUGAGUUGGCGGUGGGCCGAGUGGAUGAUUGUGGUUUUAACGGGGAUUUGUAUAGUGGUUGUUGCGGUGGCGAUGGAGGAGACGUAUCCGCCGCAGCUGCUGAAGUUGAAGGCGAAGCAGUUGAGGAAGUUGACGGGGGAGAAAAGGUUUAAGACGGCGAAGGAGGAUGAGGAUGAGGGGCUAGGAAGCAAGCUCAAGAAGAACUUUACACGGCCGUUUCGUCUGGCGCUCGAGCCGAUUGUCGUCUUGCUCACGUUCUACAACACGCUCGUGUAUGUGGUGUUGUUCACAUUCCUCGUGGGUUACCCAUACACAUUCCAAAAGACUUACGGAAUGAGUCAGGGGCUCAAGAACUUGUGCUUCCUUGGUUUAUUGGUCGGCAUCCUGCUAUCGGCAGCUCUCAUUCCCUUUAUUUGGACAAGAACAGAGCGGCUAUGCUGCGAGAAAGGAGAUGACGGGUCGGGGAAAUCGAUUCCCCAGGAGUCGCGACUGAUGUUUGCGAUGUUUGGGGCGCCAUGCUUACCGAUCGGGCUCUUCUGGAUGGGCUGGACAAGCUAUGAAAGUAUAUCAGUUUGGUCACCACUUGUCGCCUCGGUCGUCAUCGGUUUCGGUACGGUAUGCAUAUUUAUGAGUUCUUACCUGUACAUCAUCGACAGUUACCAGAUGUACGCUGCAUCUGCACUGAGUUUUCAAACUACGGUACGCUAUGUCAUAGCCAGUGUCAUGACAAUUGGUGGUACAACAAUGUACAGGGAUAUUGGAACGCACUGGACGCUGACUGUGCUUGGGUGUAUCGCCAUAAUUGUUACUCCUGUUCCAUAUGUCCUAUACCGCUACGGUCCAAUCAUUCGCGGGAAGAGUCAAUUUGCUGUUAGAUAG